AUGAAUGUGAAGAAACUUGUGCAAGCCUCAGGCCGCUCCAGAUCCAGGAGAGCUGCUUUCUCUCAGACGGCUGGUCAGGAGGUCCGGCUCACAGGAGGAAGGAGUGGCAGAGCGGCAGCCAGAAGAGCCCAGAUGAUGGACGUCCGUCCACUUCACCUAAACACUCUCGCAGAGACUCAUCAUCAUCUUUAUCUUCAUGGAUAUUUAACACAGUCUUCGUCUUCUGAGUUGUCUGUUUCUGUGUCCACAGGUCCGGCUCACAGGAGGAAGGAGUGGCAGAGCGGCAGCCAGAAGAGCCCAGAUGAUGGACGUCCGUCCACUUCACCUAAACACUCUCGCAGAGACUCAUCAUCAUCUUUGUCCGUCUCUGAGGACAAUGUGGAGAGGAGGUUAUGCAGAGAGUUGUUGAGGCUGAGCAGCAGAGGCUCGUACACCGUGGAAUGGAGGUGUGAUGAUUCGGAGAGCCGAAGCGAACAGGACAGUGGCAGCAGCUGCGGUUUGUCCAGGUCCGACAGCUUGGAAGGGUGGCGGUGCCCUCCGCUGCCGGGUCAAGUUCCUGUAGAGCCAACAGAGACUUCAAGAGGCCGAACUGCUCAGGGUGCCAUGGAGGCUUCUCCUGUGAACAAGAGCUCAACAGAAAAACCUACAAGGAAGAGGAAAAGAAUUGGUCGUUUCCUCGACUGGCUAUGGGAGGCAAUGAAGGGUUCUUUCUGCUGCUGUUGCCACAGUUGUGCUGUGGAUGUUGUGGAGCCUUUUGUCCCUCCAGCAGAUCUGGAGCCAGAGCCUGAUCCAUCAUCAUCACCUGAUCCUGAUCCUGAUCCUGAUCCAUCAUCGUCACCUGAUCCUGAUCCUGAUCCUGAUCCAUCAUCGUCACCUGCACCAGAUCUCUCCGGCGUCGAGCCAAAUAAUGAGUCCUUUGAGUCUCUCUAUAAAGCGGGAGAGAUGAUUGGAUGCGGAGCGUUUGGCAGUGUGUACAGGGGAACACGCAAAUUUGAUGGCAAAAGGGUUGCCAUCAAGCGGAUGCGCAAGUUUGACAAUUUUCUUUAUCUUGAUAUUCCUGGACAUCCCGAACCUCUCAUUACAGAAGUGGCGCUGCUGCUAAUGAUGAGGCGAGAACCCAUAAGCCCCUACGUCAUUCAACUAUACGAGUGGUUUGAACACCCUCGCAAAUUCUCUCUCAUUAUGGAGUUCCCCGAACCCUGCGAGAGCUUGCUGGACUUCAUCACUCGCCGUAAUCCUGAAGUGUGUGAAACAGUAGCACGGGUCUUCACGCAACAGGCUGUUCUGGCAGUUCAACACUGCAUCGAGCAUGGCGUUUUUCACAAUGACAUUCAUGCGCAGAAUUUCCUGCUGAAGAGAAACUCGUUAGACCUCAAGCUGAUAGACUUUGGCUGCGGUCAGCUAUUCAGUAGUGAGGGCUACGAGAGCGACAUAUACCUUGGAAGACAGGAUCACUGCCCACCUGAAGUCUUCACAGAACCCAGAUUCCACGCCGUCCCAGCAAAUGUCUGGGCUCUAGGAGUGAUGUUGUAUGAGAUGGUGAACGCAUCUCGUCCUUUUCACAGUAGAACGGAAGUCAUAGAAGCCAAAGUUACAUUUCAGAAUUCCAACUUAACCAGAGGAAAGAGCACACUUGCUGUCCUUGGUGGAGGGCUUGAGCUGGAGACUCGACCCGAAGCCUGAAGUCCAACCCCAACCUGACAGGAACUCAAGCCGCCACACCAGAGAGAUCAGAGCCUGUCCACGUCUGAGCAAGAACAUGAGAGACUGAAGACUGGA